UUGAAAAAUGCAGAUAUCUCAUAUGUCACUAACACCACAAGUGCUCUUGGCAGCUCAGCACAAGUUAACAGAACCAAUAGGCCUAUUAAUUUAUUACCUCAGCCUAUAUGAGCUCUGGUGUAUUUGCAUUAGUAGGAAAUUGCUAAACGUAGGCCCUACGUGUAUUAAAGCAGUAUUUUGCCUGUCAUGGUCGUCACGAUGAUUGAGCGCCGCCCCUUCGUGCUGUCCGCUUAUAAUACUGCAGGAGCGCACGCGGCUCUGCCACCAUUCAACCGUCAGCGUCAUAUCUAUGGAUGAAACUUUACCGUAACUCGCAGGUCACCAUUUUUCAGAUAAUACCUGUAUUUGAAUAUUCAUUUUUCUUACCUCUGUCACAGUAGGCGACGUUCCUCCACGUUUUAAGAAUAGCAUAAGGUCUGCCUGGUUAAACUUCACAUGGUCACAAUGACAGAAGGGAACGGCGCGCCAGACGGUGACACAGCCGGUAAAAACGAGGUGUCCGCCGGCGUACCAACAGAAGACAAGCGUCCGGAGGAGAAGGGGGACAACGGGGAGAGUAAACUGGCAGUCCCGGAACAAACGGCGGCGGAGGAGGGCGAGUUUGUGCACCCCGAGGGUGGCUGGGGCUGGCUGGUCAUGUUGGCUGCCAUGUGGUGUAACGGCGCGGUGUUCGGUAUACAGAACGCCUUCGGUAUACUCUUCCUCUCCCUCCUCCGGGAGUUCGGCUCCGAGCACGAUGAAGACCUUCGCUUCAAGACGGCGUGGGUGGGCUCCCUCUCCAUGGGGAUGAUUUUCCUUUGCUCUCCCAUUGUCAGCGUAUUCACGGACAUCCUGGGCUGCAGAAUUACUGCAGUGGGUGGCGCUGCUGUCGGCCUAGUCGGUCUUCUGGCCAGCUCCUUUGUCACGUCUCUGGGCCCCAUGUACUUCACCUAUGGCAUUGUGUUCGCCUGCGGAUGCUCUUUUGCCUACCAGCCUAGCCUGGUUAUCCUGGGCCACUAUUUCAAGAAGCGCCUGGGCCUGGUGAACGGCAUUGUGACUGCAGGCAGCAGCAUCUUUACCAUUACUUUACCUUUUGUGCUGUCGCGCCUGCUGGAAAAGGUGGGCCUCCAGCACACCAUACGCAUCCUCUGUAUCCUUAUGUUUGUGCUGAUGCUGGCCAGCUUCACCUACAAGCCCCUACUGCCUGCCAAGUCCACUAACACCCAAACAAGAAGCCGGUGCCCAUCCAUGAGCCAGGUGUUCAACAUCAACAUCUGGAAGUCUCUGGGAUAUCGCAUUUGGGCCUUCGGUGUUCCUGCAGCCCUCUAUGGAUACUAUGUGCCCUACGUUCACCUGAUGCAGCACGUAGAGGAGCGUUUUGGACUAGAUGCCAAUAAAGAGGUUCUGCUCAUGUGCAUUGGCAUCACGUCUGGUGUGGGACGUCUCAUCUUCGGGAGGGUGGCAGACUAUGUUGAAGGAGUCAACAAAGUGUACCUGCAGGUGGUUUCCUUCUUUGUCAUUGGCCUCAUGUCUAUGAUGAUCCCUCUGUGCAACAUCUUUGGCGGGCUGAUCGCUGUUUGCCUGCUGAUGGGGCUGUUUGACGGCUGCUUCAUCUGCAUCAUGGCCCCUAUAGCCUUCAACCUGGUCGGGGCCAAAGAUGUGUCCCAGGCCAUUGGCUUCCUGCUGGGUCUCAUGUCUGUGCCCAUGACUGUGGGGCCCCCCGUUGCAGGCUUCCUGAGGGACCGACUGGGUAGCUACGAUGUAGCCUUCUACCUGGCAGGUAUCCCCCCAAUCUUCGGUGGAGCCGUGCUGUGUCUGAUACCGUGGGUGGAGGCCAGGCGCAGGAGGAUGGAGGAAAAGGCCCUAAACAAGGAGCAAGAUGCCACCCAGAAGAUGUUGGAGCAUGAGAAGCCUCAGGGAGACACACAAUGCAAAACUGGAGAAUCCAUCCUCUAAGCAGACCGAAAGAGACACACACUGGGUCAGACUGAGAUUGCUGCUCACCGGCAGCAUAAAGAUAAAGUGUGUGUGUGUGUGUGUGUGUGUGUGUGUGUGUGUGUAAGCCUAGAUUGUAAUGACUGCGCUCAGUAGGAAAAAGUCAAGCCAAAGCAGUGAAACAUAUCAGAUAGCCAGGUUUGAAGUACACUUUAAUAUGAAUGUAAUCCUGAAGACCUAUGCAUUACAGUGUUGAAAUCAGAUGGAACUAAUCUUAUAGCAGGCAAACUUGAAGCUUGAAUGAAAAUGAGGAAAAAAAAUGCACAUUUCAUAUUUGUCACAACAAAUAGAAGGCAUGCUGGACUAAUUGUAAAUGCAGUGUGAACGCUGUAGAUCCACCGUAUAAAACCAGUGUGUCCAUCACUUUCUGAUGGCAUUUUCUUAAGGUGGACUUGCAUGCUGUUUAUACUCUUCACAAUCCGUUUGGAGCACUACCAUUUACAGUACUUUCAGAUAGAAAUAUGGCAAAAAAAGAAGACUUAUUGAAAUAAGAAAAGAAACCAGUCCUGUGCAGUAACAGAGUCUUGACUGAGCCAGCGGGUCUGCUAAACACCUCCAUGGAAACCUGCCACCUUUAUUGUUGUCUCCUGUGUGCCCUCAAACAGGCCACCUUGUUCAAACAGUUGUAGGUAUGCCAAAACUGUCAAUAUCAAGAUCAUCUCUACAUAGUAUUGCAGACACAUUAACCUCAGAGAAGUGCACUGAGAGAUUUCAAAAUUUGGAUGUCGUUGCUAGUCAUCGUGAGCUGUGAAGGUACACGGAGACUUCAGUGGAAGUAGCUUUAGGCACAUUAAUCGUCCAUACCAACUUAUUUCACAAGCCCCGACUGUACAGUGAGUGGUUCAUUCAAAAAGGCAGCUGCAGUCAAACUGUGUGCAUGAGAAACCUCCUCAGUGUUCUGCGUUCACACCUUCAAAAGAAUAGUUUAGCAUUUAGGGAAAUAUUCUUUUUGCUUCUUUGCCAAUAGUUAGAUAUGAUGGAUACCACUCUCAUAUUAUCUGUUAAAUAUUUGAGGACCUAGUAUAAGGACCAAAACAGUGAUAAACUCCUAUCCUGGCUCUAUCUAAAUUAGACUCACUAAUUAACAUAUUACAUCUCUUUAGUUGAAGCUGUUAAAAAAUAGACAUGUGAAAACAAUUUCUUGGCUAGUAUUUCCCAAAAUGUCAAAGUAUUCCUUUAACACGUAGCCAGUACAAAUACACCCGCUUUCAGGUAAGAAAAUAAAUAGCAGUAUCUAAGGAACAUAUUAACAUUGUGUUUAUGUUGAAGUGUACAUUAAUUGAUUUUAAGCACUAUUUGUUCUAAAACAAACAGCAGUGAGACUGGGCUUUAAGUAUGUUCUUUUUUUAUCUGGUCCAAAAUAGAGUGAAUAUACUUUAACUGUGCUACAAAAAACGUAUAAUGUGAUGACUGUGCUACUAACUGACAAGGUCCAGGUCAUAAAGCAGCCGCCGCUGUAUCAGCAACAGAUCCCCUGCUUGGAUGGAUGACUUCUUAAAAGGACCAAAAAAUAAAAACACAUUAUACUGUUGCGUGUGCAGUACUGUUCCAAAGGCUAAAUCUCCACUGCUUGAAAAGAAACCAAUGACAUGAGUUUGACUAAUUAUUGACUAUGUGACCAUAGGUUAAGUCAAGUUAAUCCUAAACUCUGUGCCCACUUUAUUAACCCUUACGGAGAGGUGGUUAUGUUUUCAUAUUGUUAUUUAUUUUUUUAGUUUUGGUGGAGAAUGUCACAAUGUAAUUGAAGAGCACUGGCUUGAAGCCAGUUUCAUUUACUGAAGACCAAAAUGUUUUGAAAUGAAAAAAGCCAAAGUUGUCGGUCUAAUUACCAAAAGAACAACCGUGUGUUAACCGUAUUUGGUUUUUGUCGUACAUCCCCCUGAAGGCUCCAGGUAGAGUCAGUGAACCAUCGGAACAUGUUGGUCAUCAGUCUGUUAGUGCUGACAGUGAUAGAUUGCUCCUGGAAAACUCAGAGACCUUUAGGAAAAACAGCACACCAUUAUAAACUGAUGUGGGCUGAUGAUUUUUCCUUUACAGAAUUGUGACACACUCUACCUCAGACGAUGUGGAGAAAGUAGAACUGCCCCAGUCUGGACUGCCCUGUUCCUCCAGCAGUGUUCACGUUUGAGCAGUGUUACUAGGGACACACAAAGAAAUAGCUAAGCCUUAGAAAAUGAUCUAGCCGUCCAAAGCUCUUCAGUCAAGCGCAUGCUGCUCAGAACUUGAAAUUGCUUUUUUAUGCAACAGGUGUUGACAAACUUCACACAGUUUACAGCUUUUCUCCUUUCUAAAGAUAUAUCUUAAUAUGAUUAAAGAAUCUCUGUAGCAAUUCAGGCCUGUUUUUAAUGAGCUGCUUGACUGUUUUUAGCACACAUUUAUUUUUAGAAGAGAGUUAUAGCCAUAUUCGCCAACACCAGCCUCUGCUAAUUUCUUGUCAAAGAAAUUACUUAAUUUGUGCCUUUGAUUUUUGAUUGUAUACAUCUUUAUUCUAUUAUAAUUGCUUGAUAUGUUUUUGAAAUGAUCUGUAUCAUCCAAAUAAUCAUUAAGAGAAAAGUCAAAAAGUGCAGGUUUUAUUUAGUAAUGAUUUUAGAGAUAACAGCCUUAACAUACACAGUGUUUUCUGUCUUAACAGUGUCUACAAACAGGACCCUGUGCUAUGUUUGGGCACUUUGUGGAUAAGCUUAUAUGCCCCAAGUUUUAUAGAUGAGUUCUGUUUAUGUGCUGUUUUGGCUUUUUUGUCCAGUCCAACCUGACUUUAUUUACAGUGUCUGUAUAUAUGUAUGCAUUUUGUUUUUGCUGCAGAAAGUACAGAUAGAUUUCCGUCCUUAAAACUUCA